AUGGAAAGAUCUUUUGCAGAAUUACAGAAAAGUGGUAUUCCAGGAACUGUAUUAUUUUGGAUGAGAAUACUUCUUGUAGUAAUUCCAGCAGCAUACAUAAUCUUUCUCAUAUAUUGGAUGGCAAUAACGGGAAAUAAGAUUUGGUUAAAAGCUGUUGGAGGUCAAAUAUUAACUACAUGCUUCUUUACAUUCCUUCUUAGUAUAGUUUCAAUUGCAAUGCUCUUCUUAGUCUGGUUUAAUAAAUUGCAAAAUUUAGAUAAACAACUAAGAUAUCAAAUAUUUGUCGCAUUGAACGUUUUCACACUAUUUUUGUCAUGUAUCUUACUUGCUUUAUCUACAUAUGGGCAAGCAAGCCAAGCAACUUCCGAUAUAUCAGAUUAUAUUGUACGAAAUCCAAAUGCUACUAUAGUUACAUCAUUUUUAUCUAAACAUCCAACAUCGUCAAGCCAAACAUCAUACAUUUUACAAAGAACUUCAAAUGCUUAUUCUGUAAACGCAGUGUUUUUCGCUAUUUGGCUGAUUGCAUUGAUUGUUGCCUGUGCAUGUAAUACUAUGAUCGAAAAUGCAGAAAAUCAGGAGAAGAAAGCCAAAGAUGAGCAAAAUUUGUUAGAAAAGAAUGAAGCAGAUAAUAAUAAUAACGACAAUAACGCUAAUAACAAACCACAAAAGCCAGCUCCAAAGUAA